AUGUUGAGGAAGCAUUCAUUAUUGAAAGGCUAUUGGAGUUCACUCAACACUAACAGUAUGCGCACAAUUUCAACUCAGCCCAUGCCUUUAGUUUUCAAGUACCAGCCUCCUGUUAAUAGGAACAUGACCAGACUCGAUAGGUCUUUCUUCGUGACCAAAAUUCCUUUGGUUGUUGUUCACUUUCCUGAACCCAAAAACAUAAGCUUGUUCUCAUCCAAAUUCAAGAAUGAAGUUUUGAAGGUGCCACGUAUCUCCCGUGUAGUAAAAUUGGACAAGGUGGAUGAAAAUGAACCACCGCUGAAGAAAGCAAAUAUUGCGAACGACAAUCACAUCCGUAAGGGCAUCUUGCUAAAGGAUAGCAUAUCGAGCGUUGAUGAAGCUCACCAGCAAUUAUCUCCUGAAGCUCUACAAUUUUUGAAGGAUCAUGCAGGUACGCUUCAAGCAUAUGAAUACAUUAUGGAUUACGACUUCUGGAAGCCGGAGGAGAUUUUUAGAGCGACUCUUCCUGAAGAGUUUUUGGAGGAAAUUCCAUCUGGAUUCACAGCAACAGGCCAUGUUGCUCAUGUCAAUUUGAGAAACGAGUUUAAACCAUAUGGAGAACUUAUCGGGCAAGUUAUUUUGGAUAAAAACAACAAAAUUGAGACUGUUGUGGAUAAAGUUGAUUCAAUCGCUACUAAGUUUAGGACAUUUCAAAUGAAGGUCCUUGCUGGUAAGCCUGAUUUAAUUGUAGAGCAAAAAGAAUCCAAUUGUAAAUUCAAAUUCGACUUUAGCAAAGUUUACUGGAAUUCUAGACUGCAUACUGAGCACGACCGUCUAAUUAAGAAAUUCAAACCAGGGCAAUGUGUUGGUGAUGUAUUUGCUGGUGUAGGACCUUUUGCAAUUCCUGCUGGUAAGAAAAAUGUUUUCGUUUUAUCCAACGAUCUGAAUCCUGAGAGUUACAAGUAUAUGCAACAUAACAUCAAAGAAAAUAAAGUAGACCCCUUCGUGAAACCACUCAACUUCGAUGGGCGCGAAUUCAUUAGAAAGAGUCCCCUUCUUCUCCUUGAAUGGUGUAACGAGAAUAACGGUGUCGUUACCAUUCCAGGCGGAAAGAAAUUCAAAGAUCCGGACACUGGGGAGGUCAAGCGCACACUUCCGAAAUCUUUUGAGAUUCCUAAAUACUACAGUCACUAUGUGAUGAAUUUACCUGACAGUGCGCUUACUUUCCUAGAUGAAUUUGUCGGAUUGUACUCAAAUCAUUCCGAAGCUGUAACCGUGGUCCAAUCCUUGCCUAAAUUCGAGCUACCUUGGAUACACUGUCAUUGCUUCGAAAAAUAUGAUCAUGAGGAAGUACCAGAACCAUCUCUGGAAGAACUUAAUCGUCGUAUCCAUAAGAGAGUACUGGACACAAUGAAGACCACGGAUAAGAUUUUGCCAUUUGAAGCUUUACAAUUUCAUUUGGUCAGAAAAGUCGCUCCAACAAAACCAAUGUUCUGUGUUAGCUUCCAACUACCGCAAGAAAUAGCAUUUGCAUAG